CACCGGAAUUUUCAUACAUCUUGUCGCAAAAUUGCGACCGGAUAUUUGUAUUUUAUAACACAGGAUAUUUUGUAACUUAUAACACAGAUUCUAGUGUCCAGGCUCAUUGCCGAAAAAUGCGUGGAAACUGUUCACGACCUUUCAUCUUGCGAACGAAAUGACAUGUUUUCUUCAAUCGAUCUUCAAUGUUCAGGAAAAUAAACGUUUCAAAGCAGUCAAUCUCUUUGGCUUUUAUGUUUGUGAGGAUGAGCAAGUUGAAUUAUGUACAGGAAUUUGACACAAGCUUUGGAAGUGUAAAAGACAAUGUCCCAAUGCAAGAUUGCAAUAAGAUCUCUAAAUCAGAAUUUGUGGAGAGAUUUGAAAAGCCCAGAAUCCGUGUAGUGUUAAUGCAUACCAUGGAUCACUGGAGAGGAAUGAGAAAGUGGACAGUUGAGAAACUCACAAAGAAGUACAGACAUCAAAAGGUCAAAGUUGGUGAAGAUGAUGAUGGUUAUGCUGUGAAAAUGAAAAUGAAAUACUAUGCUGAAUACAUGAUGCACCAAAAAGAUGACAGGCCACUGUAUAUAUUUGACAGCUCAUUUGGUGAAGUAAGCUCUGCUUUAAUUGUACAGUAUAUUUAUAUCACAAAAAUAUCAUUGUUACUGUUUUCCACAAACCGCAAACACAUCAAUAGACAAUUAGAUGAUGGUGAUACACAGAGUUUUAGUUUUAGAGGAGACAUUGAGAGAAAGAGCUGUGUUUUUGUUGCAUACACUGUAUUUUACUUGCAUGGGUAACUACUGGUACCUCCAUUAAUUACAUUCCAGCCAUACAAGUGUAUGUCAUGUACAAAUAAGCAGUUAUUUUCAUGGCUACAUUAUUGUACUUUAUAAUUUUAGACAAAAUUGAGUUAUUAAAAUUAAGCAAUCAUUGGUAUUGAACAAACUGCAUGUUAUGAGGAUCAUGUGCCUUUUAAUCAUUUGUGUUACUAUUGAUUAUCUCUAAAAAUAAUUAUUUUCUUGCUAUCAUUAGUAAGCAACAUUAUUUUGCAAAAUCUACAAUUAAUUGUGAAUGAAAUUAAUCUUGUCAGGUUAGGUAACUUCAAAAUGUAGUUAAAACUUGUAUGCAAUAAUAAUUAUUACUCUGAAACCCUCCCCUAACCAUUUCAGUACAUUUUUGUGAAUAACGCUGUGAAGACUCAAUAAUAAUUAUCUUAUGGAGACAAAAAAGUAAAUUAACACAUACUAUAUACAUACAAAUACUGUCAUGAUGAUGUAUUUGUAAAACUGAGGCGCUUGACCUUGUAGAGCCCGCAGACCAGCGGGAUACAUUUCCCUUUCAGAUAAACCGGCCUACCUCCCUAGAAGUUCUAGUAGCUUGAUGGGCAGAGCAUCUGACCGGUGUUAUGGAGGUUGUAAGUUUGAUUCCUGUC